AUGUUGUUAUCUUUCUUCCUUGCCACAGUUCUUGCGGCAACAUCAGCCCAAGCUGGCUAUGAAUACCCUCAUGAUAUAACCAACAAAAUUUCCCUUCUCCGUACGAAAUCUGGUGCAGGCGUCAGCUUCGUCGACGAGGAAUGGUGCCUGAGUUGGCGAUUCGGCAUCGAGACAAACAACCUCGUUGACUGGGCAAUGUAUCCGGAGGAAUGUGAGGGCUACAUAUGGCGUUACAUGCUCGGUUGUCAGUACGAGAAGGAUUCGAAAGUGGUUACCGAAGAGGCUUAUGAAUACGCCAAGAACCUCAACCUUCCCUACGACGGCAAGAUUCACGUGUGGGUCUUUGAUAUAGAUGAGACUGCACUCACCAACUUAAAUCACUUCAUCCCCAAACAUGGAUUUAGGGCGAAGCCAUCCAAUAAUGAACACGCCUUGGAAGAAAGCCCCGCGUUGCCUGCGACUCUUGAGCUGUACAAGAAGUUAGGGACCUUGGGAAUUAAGGUUGUGUUUCUUUCACUGAGAACAGAAGACCUAAGAACCGACACUGAAAAUAAUUUAAGAAAUGUUGGAUACGAAACAUGGGAAAAAGUUAUACUCAGGCCGGAUUCAAAUUAUGCAGGAACAUCACUUGAGUUCAAAUCAGGUCAGAGGAAGAAGUUAGAGGAAUCCAAAUAUAGAAUUGUUGGGAACAUAGGGGACCAAUGGAGCGAUCUCUUAGGAACAAACAGCGGCUUGAGAACCUUCAAGUUGCCAAACCCGAUCUAUCACGUUAAUUAG